UUGUUGCUGGAGCACUUAGAAUGUCUGGUGUCCAGGCACGAGCGCUCGUUGCGGAUGACCGUGGUGAAGCGACAGGCCGCCGCCCAGUCUGGCGUGUCCAGCGAGGUGGAGGUCCUGAAGGCGCUCAAGAGCUUGUUCGAGCAUCACAAGGCCCUGGAUGAGAAGGUUCGAGAGAGACUGAGAGUAGCUUUAGAAAGGAAUUCGAGUUUAGAAGAAGAAUUAGCUUCAACCAAAGAAGAGUUACAACAAUACAAACAAGGGGUGAUACCUCCCAGUGUACCUGCUAUAGAAGAGAAACCCAAAGAGAAUGGACAAGUCGAAAUAGGGGACCAAGUCGCUAAUGUAAAUAAUAAGGCAGCUGCGAAGCAGCGACUCACCAAUGGCGGUGUGGAGUCGGACACGGACGCCGCAGCUAGGAUAGCUGACCUCCAGGCGGCGCUAGAGCAGCAAACCGGGGAGAUCAGCACCUGGCAGAGACGGGUAGCAGAGAUGCAAAAUCGGGUGGGUGAGUUGGAGGAGAAUCUUGCUAAGGCACAAAAGGAACUGUUGAAAGCACAAGACGCCAACUCCAAGCUGCAGAGGGACCUUAGGGAGAACGUGGCGCAGAAGGAAGACCAGGAGGAGAGGAUCGCCACCCUGGAGAAGAGGUACCUCAACGCGCAGAGAGAGUCGACCUCCUUGCACGACUUGAACGAGAAGCUGGAGCAGGAGUUGCAGCAUAAAGAAGCUCAAAUUAAGUUACACGAGGAGAAGAUAGCUGCCAUCCAGGAGAAGCUGGAGCUGGCGGAACAGAAACUGGCUCAAUACUCCAAGCUGCCGGAGAUAGAGGAACAGCUGAAACAGCGGAUGGAGGCGCUGACACAGGUGAGACCGCAGGCGCAAGAAAGGCACGGCUCGGCCGAAGACCGCAUCCAACGCCUAGAGGCCAACCUGGAUGAGAAAAACGCCGAACUCAUCCGCCUUAACCAAAGACUUAAGAUGAACGAAGACCACAACUCCCGUCUCUCGGCUACGGUAGAUAAACUGCUCUCCGAGUCCAAUGACAGACUGCAAGAUCACCUGAAGGAGAGGAUGCACGCGUUACAGGAAAAGAACAACCUGACGCAGGAGCUGGAGAAGACCAGGAAGAUGAUGGAGGAGUUGGACGGGCAGAAAUCGGAAAUCAUGAAGGAGUUGGCUAAGUCUAGGUUAGAGAUAGAUAACGUUAAGAGGCAGAUGCUGCAGCAGGAGAUAGCUUAUAAUAUACAACAAACCGACGCACUGACAAGGUCGUUGUCCCCUAACGCAGUGGACCCGAACAGCUUCUCGAGGAGCGCUAGUCAUUCCAGUUUCGAUACUCAUUCCCUACCUCGGCGUACGAACAAAAGUCGGACACCCAUCGAGGAGGACCCCAACAAGUUACCAUUCGGAUCCAGGUCUAUGGCAGAACACGAGUGGGAGAAGCUCCAGCAGGCGCACGUCCUGGCCAACGUCCAACAGGCCUUCGACGUGUCGAGCGACGCCGAAGGCGAUGAUAACGACAGCCUGUUCAGCACGCAGGACAUCCUGUCGCCCAGCGGCCACACCGACGCUCAAACCCUAGCCAUGAUGCUGCAGGAGCAGCUCGACGCCAUCAACAACGAGAUCCGUCUCAUCCAGGAGGAGAAGCAGAACACCGAGGCAAGGGCGGAGGAGUUGGAGUCCCGCGUCGGCAGCAUGGAGCACAUGAAUCUGCUGGCGAGGGGACGCAGUCUGGAGCGGCAAAGCCCCCCUGUAAGCGGUAGAUCUACUCCUAAAUCACAUCACUCUCCCCAGAGGGAUUAUUUACAUAAGUAUCACACGCUCCAGUUGGCACCGUUGUCUUCUGAGAUGUCUAGGGAGGAGAUGCACAUGGGCGACAGCAGCAGCGGGGGUGGGGCGUCGCCCUUGACGGCCAGGUCCCUGCGAUUGGAGAGGGUGGCGCAGGCGCUGGCGCAUAGCCAGGAGGAACUCAGGAGAAGAACAGGCGCAAGUGGUCUUCAGCCAGGAGUUACAUACAGUGUGUUUAGGCAAGGGCAGACGCACACUCCUCCAUCACCUCUGUCCUCUCGUCACAGCAGUCAGGAGAGCCUCCACAAGAACACCGUGACUGGCCUGCCCCGGGACAUGUCGUCGGCCGCUGCCGUAGCCGCCGCCGCCACCGCCCAGAAGAAGAAGGGCAUCAAGUCGUCUCUCGGCCGGUUCUUCAGCAAAAAGGAGAAGGUGAAAGGAAAGGAAGUUUCCGGGCAGGACGCUGGCCUGAAUCAAAGCCAGAGCAGCAUUGGAAUGCCCGACGGCGAUCUGAGCGAUACGAUGAGCAUAUCCGGGAAAAUCGGACAAAAGGGUGACUUUGACCGCAGACAGAAGAAAAAGUGGGUGGAGCGUGAUUACAGACAUGAGCUGCUGGCGGAAGCCAUGAAGGCCGGCACUCCGUUCGCCCUCUGGAACGGUCCCACCAUCGUAGCUUGGCUUGAAUUGUGGGUGGGCAUGCCCGCAUGGUACGUGGCUGCGUGCCGUGCCAACGUCAAGUCCGGUGCCAUAAUGAGCGCUCUGAGCGACACGGAGAUCCAGAGGGAGAUAGGAAUCAGCAACCCGCUGCACCGCUUGAAGCUGAGACUGGCCAUUCAGGAGAUGGUGUCGCUAACUUCCCCUUCGGCGCCAAAGACCUCGAGAACGACUUUGGCGUUUGGGGAUAUGAACCACGAGUGGAUCGGCAAUGCCUGGUUGCCUUCUCUGGGUCUUCCGCAGUACAGGACGACGUUUAUGGAGUGCUUAGUGGAUGCCAGGAUGCUGGACCAUCUCACUAAGAAGGAUUUGAGGGGGCAGUUGAAAAUGGUGGACAGCUUUCACAGGACUAGUCUGCAGUAUGGCAUAUCAUGUUUGAAGAGAUUAAACUACGAUCGAAAUUUGUUAGAAGAUAGACGAAAAAAUUGUGAGAAUACCGUCUCGGACGUCUUAGUAUGGAGUAACGAACGCUUGAUCAGAUGGGUGGUGUCUAUAGGAUUAAAAGAAUAUGCAAAUAAUUUAUUAGAAUCUGGAGUCCAUGGUGCUUUAAUCGCGUUGGACGAGAGUUUCGACGCUAACAGCAUGGCGCUGGCAUUGCAGAUACCAACACAAAAUACACAAGUGAGGCAGACGUUAGAGGUAGAAUUCGUGAACUUGCUGCGCGUGGCAACGGACAGACGGCCCGAGGACAUCCGAUCUUGAUAUGGUGCGGAGCUCCACUAACUUAAGAAAAUGACCAUGUAGUGUUCCGCUGCUCGCAUUCAAAUGCAGCCCAUGCUACCUCCCUAUCGUCGAUAAAAGAGCAAAAGUGUAUAAGAAAUGUGCCGUGCACCUGUACAAACCGAACGAGGAGAACCAGAGGAAACUUGUGUGCGAGAUGACAUAUGAGCUUUAAUGGACUGAAACAAAACUUGUAUCGUAAAUAACUCAUAGUAUUACUAAUUGUACAUUAAAGUUGUUGUUUGUUGGGUUACCAGCGAUGAGUACAUAUUGUUGAAUGUGUGGCAGCGACAGUCAGUAUUACCCCACGCGUGCCUGCACUAUCUCUUGGUGCUGUCAUCUUUUAAGCUUUGUAGCUCUGGAAAUUUUUCCCAUCCUACCGAGAGACUGAAAGUUUCAAGCGAAUAUCAGGGACUGUGUGAUAAUAUCAUUCGCACGAAAAUACUCGUCUUUUCACGUGCACUACCGACAACGUCUUCAUCCAUACAUUAUUAUCAUUUCUACGUGUUAAACUUCACAAAUAUUGUCUUAUUAUCUGCAUUUGUAAAUUUCCACUCGGCAAAAGUUUACCGAUACGGACUAAAAAUCCGGUUCGCAAAUUAACGAUUGGAUUACCCUUACACUUGUGUUUAUUUUGAAAGUAAAAAUAGACAUUUCCAAAGUGUAGUAAUGUGCCUGGCGAAAUUAUGUGCGUUGUUAUGUGGGAACGGAAUAUCUUAGCGGCUGUGAGUUUUCGUUAAACGUAUUUUGCUUAAUCUUCACGAUCACCUUUUCAAGUUACCAUUUGAGCGAGUGCGGACUAGGGAGUCGAUGUGAGAUCUAAAAUUCACCUUGUGUUCAUAAUUAGUCGUAUUUUUUACAGUUACCUUUUAAAUAAUGGAUUUAGUUGAGCGGGAGGGACGCUCGGCGCCCUACGUGGGUCACCUCAGUGAAAUUUAGGUUAGUGAAAUAUUUUCAAGGUUAGGUUAAUAGUUUAAUUUUCAUCAAUAUGCACCGUGUUUCGCUUUUCGUAGAGACGCCAGUUUAGCGCGAAAUGAUUACCUGGAAAGCGAUUUUUCUGAUGUAACUAGAUUUUAUUUUAGUCCGACUCUAAAAUUGAAAAAGUUACAAUCUUUUAGCUAUUUGGCUAAAGCAGCUUUUCCCUGCGAUAUGUCGUUAAAAAUAACAUAUUUGUAACAAAUAGGUUAGAUCACUAGCAGCACGAAAAUACCUAA